AUGAAGCCUUCAAGACUUCAAGAUCAUUUGAAUAAAAUGCAUCCGGAUGAGAAGGACAAAAAUUUAGCCUAUUUUCAAGAUCUGGAAAAGAAGCAUAAUGCUCAGCCAAGUGUAUCGAAACUUCUUUCGAUGGCUGUUAAGCAAGACGAUGACGGACUUCGAGCUUCAUACAAUACCUCUUUGUUAAUUGCUCAAACAGUUCUGUCCAAAGACGAAUUGAUGAAAUGGCUGAAAACAUUGAAAAGUCAUUGUGCAAUGAUCUAUCUGAAGACUAGUAAAUUUUCAAUUCAGUUGGAUGAGUUCACUUUACCAACUAAUGAAGCAUUGUUGUUGUCUUACGUGAGAUUUAUUAAAGAUGAAAAAAUAUGUCAAGAACUUUUAUUUGCUAGAAAUUUAGAGACAGACUCGAAAGGAGAAACUAUAUUUGAAACACUGGAAAAGUUUUGUAAUGAAAAAGGAAUUCCGUUGAAGAAUAUUAUAUCAGCUGCUACAGAUGGUGCUCCAGCUAUGAUGGGGUGUCAAAAAGGCUUCAUAUCGUACUUAAAAAAGAAAAUUCCUGAUGUGCUUGCUGUACAUUGCGUUAUACAUCGACAACAUUUAGUUGCUAGAAAUUUAAGUGAACGAAUAUUUCAAUCAUUGCAACAUGUCAUCAGAGCAGUCAAUAAAAUCCGAAACAACUCUUUAAAUGACAGAUUAUUUAAUCAGCUUUGUGUUGAUAAUGAUGAAGAUUUCAACAGAUUGAUCUUUCACACAGAAGUGCGUUGGCUAUCAAAAGGAAAUUGUCUGACUCGUUUUUACAAUCUGUUUGACUCUGUCAUAGAGUUCUUGGAAAACAAAGACACAGAAUUGUGCGAAAACCUCAUCACAUCAAAGAAUGAUAUCGCAUACCUGACAGACCUUUAUACACUGCUUAAUGAUAUGAAUCUCCAACUUCAAGGCGAUGACUUGAACUUAAUAAAAACAAAAAAUGUCGUCGCUGCUUUC